UUUGUAAACCUUAAUAUACAUGUAUAUGGGUAUUUAUAUUGGAUACACAAGUUAACAUGUUAAAAGAUCUUUAACAUUUGUUAACCUUAGUUAGAAGUGAUAUGUGUUUAAGAAGUGUUAUUCUGUUACUGAUAGGUCAGUGUAUUGGAUUUGAUAUUUUUAACAUUGAAGAGAACUGCGGUAAAUCUAUUAACAGCUUUGCGGGGGAGCUUACUAGUAAAUUUGAUUCGUCAAAAUACAACUCAAAAAUAGUUGGAGGGCAAUGCCGUGUCACUGUCAAACUUGAAAGUUCGUUGUUCACAUCAAAGUCACACGUGUUGUUCUAUUUCACAGAGGUGAAUCCAUUUCCCUCCUGUAAUGCAGGCAAUAUUACAAUUCUUGAUGGUGACAAGAAGUUAGCGAUUAAAGGAUUGCCUCGAUUUCUUUGCGGACAUCAUCAAGAACUUGAACAAUCUGACAAAUUCUUUACAACGUUAAGUGAUAGAUUGACGGUCGUAUUUAAUACAAAUGAUGUCUCCAGUUACUACGGACAAUUCAACAUGAAAUACAUCAUGUUUAGUAAUGGUCCAUGCCACAGUGAACAUGUAUACAAAUGUUCAAAUGGACGCUGCAUCCCAAACUAUUAUCGUUGUUCGAGUCAGAUUAAUGCUUGCUUGACAACAGAAGCAGUGUGCAAUCAAACCAGAGAUUUAAAAGUCGAUGGUAGUACCCGUGACAAGGAACCGAAGUAUUUACAGAAUUUGUAUACGUUUGCUUCAUUAGUAAUAUUCGGGAUAACCGCACUCUGCGUUUACAGGAGACUGAAAGGGAAGCCAUGUCGAUCACAUCCAAACCCACGACCAGACGCAACAAAUCAGGGCCGAGGUUGGGGACCAAUUAAUAUUCAAUCUAAUCCAGCAACAGAUGAGCAAGUACCUUUUUCAAACACAAGUUUAAAAGAAGUUAAAACUAUUGACCAUUUUUCUUUUCAUGCCUAA